CAACUGUGGGAGUUGAACACGUAUUUUCCAUUUGCACAUGCUUUGUCUCUUUCGAUGUUUCUGUCAAAGCCUGAUGAGACAAACUGUUUUAAUGUAUUAACCUGUGGUGAUUGAAGUUAUAUCUGAAUAUUCGAUAGUAAUUCAUUUAUUUACUAACACUUAAAAACUCAAUAAAUGGCUGAUAGAUAAUCACUAUAGUAGUUGUUCACUCUCUGCGACAUUGGUCCGUAUCAAUCACCUGGAUUAUCACCUGUAAGAUAGUUAGAGUGACCAUGUAAUGAGGUAUUAGACAACAAACCAUGGGUUCCGGGACAAGUCAACAAAACCAGCGACCUCAGUCAUCUCCAAAUAAAGUAAACGGCAUUGCUAGUCAGCAUGAUGCACCUGACUCAAGACCACAGACAACAGGAACAGAAAGGCCACCUGAAAAGAAGCCAUCAAAGCCACAAGUUCCUCCGCCAUGUCCCCCUAAACGACGGAAAGCUGAUGUGUUUCAACUAUCAAAAUAUACACAUGUUGACGAUUAUUCACUAAAUUCACCACCCAAUUUACUUGUGGGUACCUUCAAAGAGUUGAUAGCAUAUUUAACAAAGAAUCCAGAAUGGGAUGACAUGUGUAAAGUUCGUGCCAUUUUCAGAUGGGUGUCGUCUGUAGAUGUGUACAGUCUGAAAACAGAAAAUGACCCUCCUACGCAUUCACCACUGGAAUAUUUCUUAAAGAUCCAAAAGAACAUGGGUAACCACGCCCAUCUUGUGUCCGGUCUCUGCCAAAUGGCAGGAAUAGCCUGUGUAAUUAUCAGCGGUAUGAACAAGAGUGCAGCAUAUGAAGUAGGCAGUAAAGUAGACCGUAAAAUGAUGGGUGCUCAAUGGAAUGCCGUAUAUAUUGAUGGCGAAUGGCGCUUUAUCGAUGCCUUCUGGGCCUCUGCAUGUGUAGUUGGUAAAAAGUCUGGCGAGUGGACUUUAGUUGACACCGAUGGUAACGUGACCCAGGAUGACGAAGAAACUUCUGAAGGAGAAACACAACACAGAGUUAAUGAGUUUUAUUUCCUGCCUGACCCUGACCAGUUAAUUUGGACACAUUUUCCUGACGAAAAGUUAUGGCAACUUCUAGAGAAGCCGCAUACUGUUUCUGAAUUUGAGAAUCAUACUUAUAUCCGUGAACGAUUCUAUUAUCUUGAUAUGUUCUACACAGACAAGACUAAAGAACAAUGUAUGUUAACUGCUACCAAAGGAGAAGUUGGACUUGAAUUUGGAUUGCCUAAAGAGAAAAGUGAAUACUUCAGAUUUAAAUACAUGUUAUAUCAAAACCGAGCGGAGAGUGGAUUGGAUGGAGGGAAUCUGUCUCUUGAAAGAUUUGUAAUGUUCGAGCAUAAUUCGGAUUUAUUAAGGUUUGCAUUACGAUUUCCGGUCGCUGGUAAAUUUAAGAUGGACGUUUUUGGAUUAGAUGAGAGAGAAUCUGAUGUGUUUGAUCUUUGUUGUACAUAUCUGAUUUCAUGUUCUGACCCUCAAAAGAACUGCAUGCCGUUACCGGAUUGUCCAGAAAUUGGAUGGGGUCCUGGUGUGGAAGCCAAGAACGCAGGUCUUAAAGCUAAAUCGCACGAUGGUGCAAUUAUUAUUUCAAAAGAUGGAAGGGUUGAUAUCAAACUUGGUGCACACAAAGAUGUCCGUCUUCAUCAACUUCUUAAAAAUGCUAUUGUUGAUGAGGCUACACUUAGUAAAUACGCAGUAAUCAGAGAGGAGAAUGGCGAAUUCACAGUUCAUCUACGUCUGCCACAGGAAGGAGAAUAUGCAAUGAAACUUUAUGCAAAUGACGAAGGUGAAGACGGAGAUGCAUCGAACGUCUUGAAUUACCUGAUCAAAUAUAUAGAAAAGGGAACUAACGAACCAUUCCCGAAUAUCACUGAUGGCAAGAUUGGAAAGAAAUCCAUAGCUGAUAAACUGGGAGUAAAGGCAAUCAGUAAUCCGGGUGGCUCAGUAAUUACAAAGGACGGCAAAGCAUCUGUAACAUUUAAAGCUAGAAACGACGUGGAACUUGUGUGUGAAAUACAUAGCCAAGAUCCAAACGCUAGGAAACACAUGAUAGUUAAACCCACAAAUAAAAAUGGUACAUGGACAUUUGAUAUGGACAUGCCAAUCGAGGGAGAAUAUUCUCUCAACAUAUUCGCCCGGGAAAAGGGCAAUCCGUCAAGUGUUUAUAACGUUCAUUCCUAUCUGAUAGAAUCAGACGGACAUGCCAUUGACGAGGAGAAGGCGGAUCUAAUAAAGGACGAAAACAGCGAACCAACCGUCAUCACAGAGACUGUUGAAACAUCCGAGCCUGAGAUUUUGAUUCCCGCUCCAACUGGUUACGAUAAUGUGGUCGCUUGUUUCCACAGACGACACGCUGAUGAUUCACCAGAUAAUGACGCUGUUAAAUUGAUGGAGCAAGACGGACUUAAACUUUUCCUGACUAAACUUGAAGACUUUGGAGAAUAUAUGAUGGAUAUAUAUGAGAGGGAUGCCAAAGGUGUUCUUUUACACUUAGCUAGAUACCAAAUCAAUAGAAAACCAGCUUCAGAGUUGUACAAAGAUGACGCCAAGAUGUUGAUGGAACAACUUCUACAGAAACCGGAAUCAGAGGAUGAAUUAGUCGAUGAUAAUGAUAACAAAGAUGUAUCAGAUGACGAAAAGCAGCGACGAAAUGCCAAGAAAUUAAUGGAAAGAGCAAUGCAACAGAAAGAUCAAUAUUCUCUAGAGAAGGCAAUUGCAAUGUACGAAAGUGCCGGCGGCAAAGACGAUGAAUCUGUUAAAAAGGCUAGGAGAUGGUUGGAACUUCUACAAGCUAAAGAAGAACUGCAAAAUGCAGCACAGAGGAGAGAAGUGGAUGCCAUUGAUAAAGCACUUGCUAGAGCAAAGGCAGCCAACUUUGACAAUCAGUUGGACUUACAAAUAGUUGUUGCACAAAGACUCCGUGACCAGUUAGCUAGAAUAGAAAAACUUCGUCAUUCAGUGUUGAACAUGGACCAGAAGACUAUUGCUGAGAUCAGGACCUAUUCUAACCCACCAGAGGGUGUACAUCAGUCACUGAUGGGAGCAUUCUUGUUAUUAGGACAUCCACUGAAAGAAGUUAAGGUGUGGAGAACAUGCCAGAGCAUUCUGGGUAAAACUGGAAGAGAAUCUGUCAUGAGAAAGAUUCAGAAGUUUGACCCCAAGGAUUGUUUCUUAGCCGCAGCUGUACAGUCCAAAAAGGUCAUUGCAGAUUACACUCUCGAACAUAUAAGAGAUGUCAGUGCUGGUGCAGCGACGUUUUUUGUCUGGGCAAAGGGAAUGAUUGAAGAAGUAGAAUCUACAGGCGGAAGACAGGAAGAAGAUCCAGUGACGGGAGCAGCGAAACAGUCAAAAGGAAGGAAGAAAAGACGAUCAUAGAUGUUAAAUUAACAAUCAAGCUGUCAACAUAAACAUUUUCUGUUCAGGCAUAUUUUUGCUUUUUGGACAGACAUAUUUCUUUUCCAUAUAACAAUCAAAUAGACUACAAAUUAAAUUUGAAGUUUUUUUCGAUUUAUAUUAUAUAUGUUAUGUUUCAUUCAAAUGAAGAAUACGGAAUUCAGAUAACAUGAUACAGUCUUCAUGUUACGAACUGAACACAAUAUUUACAUUUUAAAUUAUAAGUGCCUACUGCGAUAGGAGUCUUCAUUUCUAUAUUAUUACAAAGGCAUAUUCUUCUUCCUUAUCUUAAAAGAAUGAACAAUAUUCAAGUGCAAUCAUAAUAUAUAUAUACAUGUAUAUCUAAACACCAUCAUCAUCAGCAUCAUUGUGAUUGUUAUCUUUUCUAAUUCAUUAUUGCAGAACUACCAAUGCCAUUUUAUAUCAAAUCAAAUAUCUUUUUUGUUUAAAUCAAGAUAGAACUUGAAACCAAACAAGUCAGUAGCUGGUAUAACCAAAUAUAAUUCUACAAAUUACCAGAAAUAUACUGUGAACUAAUUUUAUAGAAGUUCAUCUAAUUUAUCGUAUUAUUUUUAUCAAAUCUUUCCGGCAAUUUUAUUCCUAUACCUCUGCCAUGAUAGGGACCCUCAAAAGUACAGCAUGAUAAUUAGUAAGUGUUUGUAUUUGAAUCAAUCAAAUUUCAAUGUUUUCCCCCCUUUGCAUAGCAUAGUAAUAUCUUCCCUAUUGACAUUGACAUAUAUCUUCUGUGUUUUUAAAAUGAUAUUGUUUUUUUUAUUAUAAAUGUGUUAAAGCGUUAAUAUUGUUAGUAUUGUAUGAUACAGAAGAAAAUUCACUUUUUGGAUGAAUGAAUUACUGUAUUACAGUUUAAAUAUCUUAUUCAUUUUCUCUGUCCAAUCGAGUAUUUAAUUGCAAACUAGGAUUGAAUAUAAUUUUUUCUCUUUUUAAUUAAAACAAGUUGACAAGUUCAUAUGUGAAAAAAAAACUAAAAUAAGACCUGUUUCUACUUUAUGAUACUUUAAUGGACAUAUAGCUAUGGUUGACAUAUAUAAUUGUGUAGAAUAUAUAAAAAUACAUCUAUUUUCAUGAAAAUGCACAUUACCAUGAUAAUUUGAAAAUGCUUUUUUAAAAUUUCUUAUAUGGAAAUAAUUAUCAUUUUUUCUUUUAUAUUUAGUAGCUCACGCCACAUUUUCAAAUAUGUUCAAAUAUUUGUGAAUUUAAAGCUAUUAUUUGUGAGAUUUAAAAUCAACAGCCUUUAUUAUUGGGAAAUUUGAAUGCCGACCUUUUGUUCUGUUGCCUACCAUUAAUUUUGUUAAUAUAUGUUAAGUUAACUACAUUUUUAGUCUCAGAAAAUAAAUGAAUCAUGUAUAAUAAUGUGCACUCACACUCGUGGAUGCAUAGUUUAUUACAAGGGAAAUUCUGCUUUGCCAAUAAGAUAAAACGGAGAGACAUCAAAUACACAUUUCAAUUGUGAUAAGUCCAAUGUUUAUAUUAUAUCCGUCCUUUUUAAAAAUCUGUGAUAAAUGACUGUUAUUAUACUGAAGAAAAAAACAAAUACCGGUUGGAAACUUCAAAUGCCGUCCUAUUAGAUUUGCAGUCAAGAAGUAAAUUAUAAUUUAUAUUUUUUUUUAUUUUGUUGUCAUCUUUUGAAUAAAACUGUUAAUAUAGUCAUUGAAA